AUGGUGGCGAAAUUUAGCAAGAUUUGGAAAAAGUUUUCAGACAAGAAAUCACGCAAACAGGCACUGAAUAAUCCAACUAAUAAUGACAGACAGGAAGCCCCACGGGAUGCAACCUCUCCGCCUGCAGCACCGACUAACCCGGAAGUUACAUUUAAUGAAGAUUCCGAUUCACUGCGAAGAGCUAUUGCUUCCCCUCUAUUUAAAGCAGAACCAGUGAACGGCGAAAUAGCUGCCAUAAAUUUGGAGCGUUCAAGAGAGAAUGAAAGUGAGAGACCGGAGGAAAAUGAAAUUGCCCCAGAAACUGCAGCAGGAGAGAUUACAGCAUACGACGUAUCAGACGAGUAUGCAUCCUCGGAUACAGCCAAGUCUGACAAACAAACUCAUCUUCCCACAGAUGUCAGCGCUUCCCAAUCCAUCCGCAUAGUCACACCGAUCCAGGGCGUUUAUCUCGUUUCAUCCCCAACAACGCAUAUGAUGAUCACCAAAACAGAAUCGUCUACGCCCGCAACAAAGAUGAUGCUUCUAACGUUGAUGUCACUCCAGAUGUUCAUCGAGCAUAUGGCCUUUGUCCUCGAAUGGAUGGUAGAUAGACCCAUCGGAAUUCCGCUCGGUAGUUGGUUGAGAAAUUAUCUCGGACCGCUGAGCUAUUAA